AUGGCGACCACUUCGCAUAUGUUCAUGUACUCCUUGACGAUCCAACCUCCGACCGCCAUCACCCAAGCGAUUCUAGGCCAAUUCGCGGGAACCAAGGAGCAACAGAUCGUCACCGCGUCGGGUUCGAAGCUCACCAUCCACCGUCCCGACCCCACGCAAGGGAAGGUCACUCCGAUCUAUUCGCAGGAUGUAUUUGGCAUCAUUCGUUCCCUGGCGGCUUUUCGACUGGCUGGAAGUAAUAAAGAUUAUAUCAUUAUUGGCUCGGACUCCGGACGCAUUACCAUUAUCGAGUAUGUGCCCUCGCAGAACCGGUUCAACCGAAUUCAUCUGGAGACGUUCGGCAAGUCCGGUGUCCGCCGGGUGAUCCCCGGCCAGUAUCUGGCGGUGGAUCCCAAGGGUCGCGCGUGUAUUAUCGCAUCCGUGGAGAAGAACAAGCUGGUUUAUGUUUUGAAUCGAAACUCGCAGGCCGAGCUGACGAUCUCAUCGCCGCUUGAAGCCCACAAGCCGCAGACGCUGGUCUUUGCCAUGUGCGCGCUGGAUGUUGGGUAUGAAAACCCGGUGUUCGCCGCACUGGAAGUGGACUAUUCCGAGUCGGAUCAGGAUCCUACGGGUCGCGCUUUCGAAGAGACGGAGAAAUUGCUCGUGUACUACGAACUUGAUCUCGGUCUUAACCACGUCGUCCGGAAAUGGGCCGACCCAGUGGAUCGGACUGCGACAAUGCUGUUCCAAGUCCCCGGAGGUGCCGAUGGUCCCAGUGGUGUGUUGGUAUGCGCGGAGGACAACGUAACCUACCGACACCUCAACCAAGAUGCCUUCCGAGUCCCGAUUCCUCGACGUCGCGGCGCCACGGAGAACCCUGAACGUAAGCGCUGCAUCACAGCCGGUGUGAUGCAUAAGAUGCGGGGAGCGUUCUUCUUCCUUCUCCAAACCGAGGAUGGAGAUCUCUUCAAACUUACCAUUGACAUGAUGGAGGACGACAACGGUCAAUUGACAGGUGAAGUCAAAAGACUGAAGAUCAAAUACUUUGAUACCGUCCCUAUUGCAUCGAACUUGUUAAUUCUGAAGAGUGGCUUCCUGUAUGUGGCUAGUGAGGCUGGCAACCACCACUUCUACCAGUUUGAGAAGCUGGGCGAUGACGAUGAGGAAAUUGAGUUCAGUAGUGAAGACUUUUCGGCUGAUCCCUCCGUGCCCUGCGAGCCGGUUUAUUUCCAACCGAGAGGCGCGGAGAACCUCAAUCUUGUCGACACAAUCAACUCAUUGAACCCGCUGAUUGACAGCAAGGUCGCCAACCUUUCGGAGGAGGAUGCUCCCCAGAUCUACACUAUCUCUGGGGCAGGUGCUCGGAGUACCUUCAGGACCCUGAAGCAUGGCUUGGAAGUUUCUGAGAUCGUCGAAUCCGAGCUCCCCAGCGUGCCUUCUGCUGUUUGGACCACUAAGUUGACUCGGGAGGAUGAAUUUGAUGCCUACAUCAUUCUUUCCUUUGCCAACGGAACUUUGGUAUUGAGCAUUGGUGAAACUGUGGAGGAAGUUACUGAUACUGGCUUCCUCUCAUCAGCCCCUACAUUGGCUGUUCAACAGCUUGGUGAGGAUUCUUUGGUCCAGAUCCACCCCAGAGGUAUCCGUCACAUCAUGGUUGAUCGCCGGGUAAACGAGUGGCCCGCACCCCAGCACCGUUCCAUCGUGGCUGCUGCAACGAAUGAACGCCAGGUCGCUGUAGCCCUGAGCUCGGGAGAAAUCGUCUACUUCGAAAUGGACGCUGAUGGUACCCUCGCUGAAUACGAUGAGCGCCGACAAAUGUCCGGCACCGUGACAUCUCUGAGUCUGGGUGAGGUGCCCGAGGGCCGUAUUCGAAGCUCAUUCCUCGCUGUUGGCUGUGAUGACUCGACGGUUCGUAUUCUUAGCUUGGACCCUGACUCGACACUGGAAAACAAGUCGGUCCAGGCCCUCACGGCGGCCCCUUCUGCUCUGAACAUCAUGUCCAUGGCGGACUCCAGCUCAGGCGGUACAACAUUGUAUCUUCAUAUCGGUCUUUACUCUGGUGUCUACCUUCGCACUGUUCUAGACGAAGUGACCGGCGAGCUUUCAGACACUCGGACCCGCUUCCUGGGAUCGAAACCCGUGAAGCUGUUCCAAGUGUCUGUGAAGGGCCAAACGGCUGUCUUGGCUUUGAGUUCUCGCCCAUGGCUAGGAUACUCUGACAUCCAGACCAAAGGCUUCAUGCUUACCCCGUUGGAUUAUGUGCCUCUGGAAUGGGGAUGGAACUUCUCCAGCGAGCAGUGCCUGGAGGGCAUGGUCGGAAUUCAAGGCCAAAAUCUUAGGAUCUUUUCAAUUGAGAAGCUUGACAACAAUAUGCUUCAACAAUCCAUUCCCCUCUCUUACACCCCGAGGCGCUUCGUGAAACAUCCAGAACAACCUCUCUUCUAUGUUAUCGAAUCGGAUAACAACGUUCUGUCGCCAUCCACGAGAGCUAGACUGUUGGAAGACUCUAAGUCUCGGAAUGGCGACACUACUGUCCUACCUCCUGAAGAGUUUGGAUAUCCUCGUGCGACUGGCCAUUGGGCGUCUUGCAUCCAAGUUGUCGAUCCGCUGGAUGCCAAGGCAGUCGUCCAUACCGUUGAACUUGAGGAUAACGAGGCAGCCGUCAGCGUCGCGGCUGUUCCUUUCACCAGUCAAGAUGAUGAGACCUUUCUUGUCGUCGGAACCGUCAAGGAUAUGACUGUGAACCCCCCAUCCUCAGCAGGUGGCUUCAUUCACAUCUACCGCUUCCAGGAGGAUGGAAGGGAGCUUGAAUUCAUCCACAAGACGAAGGUUGAAGAACCGCCUCUUGCCCUGCUUGCCUUCCAGGGCCGUCUUGCAGUCGGUCUCGGCUCUUUGCUUCGUAUUUACGACCUGGGAAUGAAGCAGCUGCUUCGAAAAUGCCAGGCCCAUGUGGUCCCCAAAACCAUCGUCGGCCUCCAAACGCAAGGAAGCAGAAUCGUUGUGAGUGAUGUUCGCGAGAGUGUCACUUAUGUGGUCUACAAGUACCAAGAGAAUGUCCUGAUUCCCUUUGUGGAUGAUUCCAUCUCUCGGUGGACGACAUCUACUACCAUGGUGGACUAUGAAACCGUCGCAGGCGGUGACAAGUUCGGCAACUUAUGGCUGGUACGGUGCCCCAAGAAGGUUUCCGAGCAGGCCGACGAGGAUGGAUCUGGCGCACAUCUCAUCCACGAGCGGGGGUAUCUUCACGGGACACCCAACCGCCUCGAACUGAUGAUCCACGUCUACACCCAGGAUAUCCCCACCAGUCUGCACAAGACGCAACUUGUGGCUGGUGGUCGGGAUAUCCUGGUGUGGACUGGAUUCCAUGGCACGAUUGGAAUGCUCGUGCCAUUUGUCAGCCGCGAGGAUGUGGACUUUUUCCAGAAUCUGGAGAUGCAGCUGGCAUCUCAACAUCCUCCUCUCGCUGGACGGGACCAUUUGAUUUACCGAAGCUAUUACGCACCGGUGAAGGGAGUUAUUGACGGUGAUCUGUGUGAGACGUAUUUCCUACUGCCUAAUGACACGAAAAUGAUGAUUGCUGCGGAUCUGGAUCGUUCCGUGCGUGAGAUUGAACGAAAGAUCUCGGUAAGUUGUUGUCCUUACUUGGAAAUGUGUCAUGCUAAUCAAUUUGUUUAG